AAAAAAAAAAAACCAAACCCUAAUUUCUGUUUACAGGGACGGCCGAGUCGCUUUUUUCUUCGUUGGGAGAUCAGAUCACAAAUAGAGAUACAAUGAUGAUGAAGUCCGAUCUUCCUUUAGAUUUGAUAGAGGAAAUACUUUCAAGGGUUCCGGCGACAUCUGUGAAAAGGUUACUAUCUACUUGCAAACGAUGGAACGCUUUAUUCAAAGACCAAAGAUUCACCAAGAAGCACUUUAGUAAAGCACCAAAGGAGUCUAUGAUUCUCAUGUCGAAGGAGUAUAGGGUUUUUCCAGUGAACGUCAAUCUCAACGUUGCUCCUCCAUCUAUAGAUUUUAAAGGUGCACUUGGCCUAAAGGAUUCCCAUUCUAAUGCAGAACAAGUUGAUAUAGUCCAAGUUUUUCACUGUGAUGGUUUUUUGUUAUGCACAACCAAAGACAAUAGACUCGUGGUUUGGAAUCCAUGUUUGGGGGAAACCAAGUGGAUCCAACUCAAAGCUGAUUACGUGAAAGACGGCUCCAGGUUUACUCUAGGAUAUAUCCAAAACAACAAAUCUUGCCGUAGCUACAAAAUCUUGAGGCGGUGGGGUUGUAUGGAUUACGAACGGUUUGCAAUAUAUGAGUUUAGCUCUAACUCAUGGAGGGUUCUUGAUGACGUCUUUCUUGGCUACGUCAUACAACGUAAAGGUUAUAGUAGUGGUGCAUCGUCUUUGAAAGGAAAUACUUACUGGGUUGCGUCUCGUAACAUAGACAAGUAUAAAUGUUUACUCAGUUUUGAUUUUACAGAAGAGAGUUUUAAGCAUCUUUGUCUUCCACCAUUUCAGAAUCACGGUUGUGUGACUCUAUCAGUUAGUAGAGAAGAACAACUUUCAGCGUUAAAUCGAAAAUAUGAUGGAUCAAAGAUAGAGAUGUGGGUAACCAACAAAAUUGAUAUUGAAUCCGAGUUGUUGUGGAGCAGAUCAUUCAUAGUGGAUUUACCUACUGUCGGUAAUUGCUUUAAUAUUUUCACGAGUCUAUUAAUCGAUGAGGAGAAGAAAGUGUCCUUGUGUUGUAAUUUAGGUGAUAAAUUGGUAUACACUAUUGGAGAGGACGGUGGAUAUUACACAGAAAUCCCUUAUAUAUCAAACAGUCGAUGGUGGAGUUAUAGCAUAAAAUGGCGACCCCUUAUUUUCAAUUAUGUUCCAAGUUUGUUUCAAAUCCAGUAAUUUAAAAGAAAAUAUGCAAGUGAUUUCUUGUACCUCUUCUUCAUUUUUGUCUCUUCGUUUUUAAUGGGUUCAAACUUCAAAGAACCAUGUAUACCUUAAUGUAUGUUAUAUCUAAUUUAGUUGUUUACGUUUAUGAAACUUUUAUGAAGAGAAAAGUGUUAUUUCUUCCAAACCAGAGCAAGCGGAACAAAGCCACAACAUCGUUUUCUUCGAUUAAGUCGUUGAAGAAUUGCAAAACCGUUGACGAACUCAAAAUGUUUCAUAGUUCGCUCAUGAAUCAACGCGAUAUAUCUACUAUAUAACCAAGGUUCUAGCACAAAGUUGUGAAUUGGGUAACUAGUGAAAGCUUGAAGAGGUAGGUAUUGAGAUUCCGGUGUGGUUCUCGUUCACUUCCAUGGAUGGAGUCCCCUUGCGACCAUAUAAACAGAGAUGAAAUUAGGGCAUACUUCCUUUGUUUUGUACCUUGCAACAGAGGCAACUAGCUUUUUCUCUUUCGCAAACUGGUCAGUGUCUACCCAAAUUAACAAUGGGGAAGUCUAUGGUGGUCUGAACCAGAAUGGAUUUAUGAGUGUCAAAUUUGAUAAUUAUAACAGAUUUCAAAAAUCUGACUCCGUCGACUAUGAGUUUUCUAUUAGUGGUCAUGCCCGUCGGGGUCGUAGGCCGAGGCGGUCUUGGGCACACUUACUAGUCAUUUGAUGAGAGCUAGUUUUAGACUCGCUAUAUCUUCUUCUUAAGCAUAUAUUUGUUUAAGUUUACUCUUAAGCUUCUUUGUCUCAUUCUCAUACUAAUUAAACUAGAUGCCCUAGACGAAAGUCAUAGCCUUGUUUUACUAGUUAGUAUAUCAAUACAAUUUAUUGGUGACAUAAAUAUUUAGUUUUUUUUAUAGAAAUUUUGAUGUAACUAUCAAUUCCAAAAUAAUUCAUUAUCCUAAAUAUUUUUAAGCAAUAAUGAAUAUUCUAUGAUUCUGUUAUAACAAAGUU